UGUAGGAGCUGAGCAGCAGAAAGAGAGAAUCAGAUGGGGAGAUCUCCUUGUUGCGAAAAAGUGGGGUUGAAGAAGGGCAGAUGGACGGCCGAUGAAGAUGAAAUAUUAAGCAAUUACAUUAAAGCUAAUGGCGAAGGAUCCUGGAGAUCAUUACCCAAACGUGCAGGUCUGUUGAGGUGUGGCAAGAGUUGCAGGUUGAGAUGGAUAAAUUAUUUGAGGGCUGAUUUGAAGAGAGGGAACAUCGCUCCCCAUGAGGAAGAAACCAUUGUUAAGUUACAUUCUGCUUUGGGGAAUAGGUGGUCUUUAAUUGCAGCACAAUUACCAGGCCGAACUGACAACGAGAUUAAGAAUUACUGGAACUCUCAUUUAAGCAGAAAAAUUUACAGUUUCAGCAAGACCAUAACCGAAACCAAACCCACCGAUCUCCCUGCUGUAACCAUCACAGCCGCCGCUCAUCGGAAGCGAAAACCCGGCCGUACCAGCCGAUCCGCCAUGAAAAGACAAAAGCUAGCCUUGAUGUCACUCGGCAACAGCAUUCCUAAAAGUAUUAACAGACAGGGAGAAGAAACCCCAGAAAUGCAUGGUUUCUGCAUGCACAACAAUGCAAGGCGGCCCGAAGGCAAUAAUGGCGAAGAAAUCACAGGUGGUGGUGGUGGGAACGAAAAGGAAGCCAUGGGACCAUACGAGUGGCUCGACAACGAAAUAAAGCGCCUCAGCUGCAUUCUAGAGCGAAGUGAUCGAGGCAUACUGGAUCCAAGUGGGAACGGUGGGGUUCUGAAAGAUGCUGAAAACGAUGGCGUUCGGAGCUCGUCGACGUCCAAUAAUACGGAGAUCACCAAUGAACGGCGGAUUUGUAACUCCUCUUUGUCGACGGGGAAUUCGGGGUUCGAUUCGAAUGAUGGUUUACGAUGGUGUGAAGAAGAUGAUGAACAAUGGGAAUUACUAUGGGAUGAUUCUGAUAACGUGCUUUGUUGGUUAUGAGAUGAUGGCAACGAAGAUGAUGAAAUUGGAAAAACAACAAAUUAGUGUGACA